CUAGUGCUCCCGUCCAGCGAUAGCCCCUUACCUCCCGAAGGUGUUGACCCCUUGGUACGUUUUGAUGAGACUGGAACAUCGGAUAGCGGUUGUUCCGUCGAAGAUGAUCACAUGCCAAUUUCACCGGAAUCUGCACGGGAACAUGUGUCCAGUGAGACGACCCAAUUGCACUCAGUCGAUCGAACUAAAUGGAUCAAAGUUGACCGGAGUUCACCGUUUUCCGUCUCCCCGAUAGACCUGAAUCGUCGUGUUCGGGCUUGUUGAAAUGUGGAAUUGGUGGAACUCAUUCUAGACUAUUUGUUUCGCGAAGUCAAUGUGCCCGCUGGUCCGUGCACUCACGUUCGUAGACAACAAUCGGCGCUUCCCUCGGAAACCCUAUCCACCAGUCCGCUUGGAUUGGCUUGUCGACUAGCCGAUUCCGAUGAAAAUCUGGCCUGUCGAUUGACUUCACUACUACUGGCUUCCGGUGCGUUCGAUCCGGAGCAGACCUUGUUCUAUCACGCAUUUCAGCGACACCAUCUACGUCUUGCCGGCCUGUUACUGACCGGUCAAUCUACACGCACCGUGUCCUCCGGUUUUCAGUGCCGGAUCGGAAUGCACGUGAAUUUAUCGCACAAACGCCUUGAUCGGAACUAUGUGCCCGGGGCGUUGUGGUUACUUCGACACGGUCCACUGACGGAUUGGUUAAACGGCGAUUGCCAUGUGCCCCGCACUGCACAUCCGAACCCGAUCGCGUCUGGUCCCACGGUCCCACGGAUGAUUUCGCACUCCUUUGCCCACUACCCAAUCACCCGAGUCUCUUUGUCGCAUUGCGGUUUGCAAUUGUUCCCUUGGUGCGUGUUGGGUGAUCUUCCCAAUCUCGAGGUAUGCUUACGUUUGACGCCUGUCUGA